CACACAUAUGGAUUACUAUGGUUGGUCAUAUAAACUUUCAUGGCAAAGCCAGUAUCAGGGCAAUAUUUGGGUAACGAUCGAUUGGAAACCAAAUCUAUAUUUUAUCAUUUUUGGCUGAUUAUUUUAUCGAUGUAUAAAAUGAAUGCCAUUCUAAAUUAAAUCUAAGACCUGAAUCAAAUGAACAAGGUUUAUCGAUCAAAUGUGGUUGAAGUCUUUCAUAUUAUUUUUCAUGAAUCGUUCUAUAUUUUUGUUUGUCAUCAAUGAAUAAAAUCAUCUGAAAGAUUGAGAAGCAACCAUGAUCAAAGUAUAUGUGUUUGUCAUUAUUAUUUUUGCUUUGAUGAUUCAUUUUGAUGAUGGAAUUCCAUUUCUAGAGACCGAAUGGUUUCAAUCAUAUUGGACUAUUUCGAUACCGAUUGCCAUAGUUUAUGUUGCUUUGAUUGUUUCGUUGCCGAAUUGGAUACGAAAGCCAAUUAAAUGUUUGGAAUAUCUGCGAAUAUGGAAUUUCACAUUGAUGAUCUUUUCGGUGAUGGCCACUUAUCGUUUGGGUAUGAAUUUUGUGGAGAAAAUUUAUCAACGUGGAUUGAGGGCAUCCUAUUGUGAUCGGGAUUAUCAUCAUGAUCGCCGUGUUUAUUAUUGGUAUUUCCUGUUUGUAAGCUCUAAAUUAUUCGAAAUGGGUGAUACAAUAUUCUUGUUGGCACGUCAAAAACGUAUUCGAUUCAUACAUUGGUUCCAUCAUGUAUUAACAAUGAUUUAUUCAUGGUAUAUUGCUGUCUAUCUGCCGGCAAUUGGACGAUGGAUGAGUACGAUGAAUACGGCCAUACAUUCAUUAAUGUAUGGAUAUUAUUAUCUUCAAAGCUGUCAGAUUCGUUUACCUGGUUCCGUGGCCAUUACUGUAAAUCUGCAGACAUCACAGAUGUUUAUCGGUUUGACCAUUAAUUCAUUAGCUUUUUAUGAGAAAUGGAUGAUAACGGAUAGCAAUUGUUCAAAUGGUGGUUAUACGGUUGAAUCUGGUCUUGUCAUGUAUAUCAUCUAUGUUGCACUGUUUACUCAUUUAUUUCGAAAAGAAAUGAAAAGACAUUCACUUAAAAAUCAUGUAAUAAAAAGAGCUAAACUUACCAACAAAUAAUUAAUAAACGAAAAUAAUUUGUUUUGAAUAAAUCA